GACAGUACACUCGAAAGACAGAGAAAAGAGCAAAAGAAACCUUCCGUUUCAAGAAAGCAUCGUUUUUGCUUUUUUUUUCUGUGUGUUCAAAAAUGGAAAAUCUUGAAGAUGAGUACAAGAAUUAUUGGGAAACCACAAUGUUCUUCCAGAAUCAAGAACUCGAAUUCGACAGUUGGCCGUUGGAAGAAGCGUUCUCGGGUUCCGGCGACUCGAGUUCGCCGGACGGAGCAGCAACUUCUCCGGCGUCUUCAAAGAACGUUGUCUCAGAGAGGAACCGACGGCAAAAGCUUAACCAGAGACUCUUCGCUCUCCGAUCAGUCGUUCCCAACAUAACCAAGUUGGACAAGGCAUCUAUCGUCAAAGAUUCGAUUGACUAUAUGCAAAAACUUAUUGAUCAAGAGAAAAGAUUAGAAGCAGAGAUCAGAGAGCUGGAAUCACAAUCAAUAUUGGUAGAAAAUCCUACAAGAGAUUACGAUUGCAUCAAUAAUAAUUUCAUGGAAAAUCAGCAGCAAGAUCCCUCAUACAAUAAUGUAACCAGAUCAAAGAAGUUCAGGCAGAUGGAUUAUACUUCUGGAUCAUCAAUUGCUAGAGUACAUAAUCAAUCCCUCAUUGAAGUUCUCGAAAUGAAGGUGACGUGGAUGGGAGAGAGGACAGUGGUGGUAUGCAUAACAUGUAGCAAGAGGAGAGAAACAAUGUUGCAGCUUUGUAAGGUGUUGGAGUCUUUGAAUCUCAACAUUGUCACUACUAACUUCUCUUCCUUCUCCUCUCGUCUCUCCACCACUUUGUUCCUCCAGGUGGGUGAAGAAGAGAGGAGUACAUUAGAAACAAAGAUACAAACGGCAAUCGCAGCUUAUAAUGAUCCAAGUUGUCUUAACAACUUCUAAUUUAUUUUCUUCGUACUAAAACCUGUUCUUUCAUGCAAUAAUAUUUGUGAAGAGGCAUUGUUUGUACGAUGAUACUAUUGUAAUGGUGUUUAUUCGAGGUUUAAUUCGCAA